AUGGAGUACUUGCCGCUACCAAAGAUGAAACAUUGCUGUUAUUGCACUAGGAAAUUCAGAUUAGCAUGCAUCUUGAUAUCUAUUUGGAGUAUGCUAUCAACUGCCCAUAGUAUUCGGAUCCUGUUCUGUCCAGUUUGUACCAAGAUUUAUACACGAGAAGGCGGUGUACUCUACAUACCUAUGAUUAUCAUAAUGUGGAUAUUACUUCUCGUCAAUGUGGUGUUAUUGUCCUGCAGCUUUUUCUUUUUGCUUAGCCUUUUUUUGAAGGCUUAUCCAGUAACAUUAGACCUGUUCAUGAUAUUUGGUUUCGUAUCAGCCAUUUUGAUGGUAAUCCAUGGUGCGGUCACUAUAGCUCAAAUAAUUGGUUCUGAUUGUAAUAACGGAAGUGAUAGUGUUGCUCACUUCUUCUAUGCUAUGUUGUGGGCGUACUUUAUACUCAUUGUGAACACGUAUAGACCGCAGAUGAGGUGUGUCCCUGGUGAGCUUGUGGAUGUUGAAGAUGAAGACGAGAAAAAUGGCGAAUUGCCAGGUACUCCAAGUGGUGCAAAGAAAUACCAAGGUCAUAUGAACACCCAAUUGAGACCUUAA